AUGGGAACCAAGAAACGCAAAGAGUCUUCCGGUGCCACUGACCAGCCUCUGAAGAAGAGCAAGCAAUCAAAGAGCGCCGACAAAAGUGACGCCUCUAAGGCGGAGCUCAAGGACAAUGAGUCAAUCGAGGUCCCAUCUGACCACAAGCAAAAGACCCUCCAAUCCGACAAUGCUGCUGUAACCAAGUCGAAGAAAUCCCGCAAGCGCGCAUCCGACUUCAUGGACGAUGGGGAGGCACCGGUGCCAGCAGAUACUGCAAAUGAAGUUGAGGGACAAAAUGGUACCGAGGAAGCCGCUGAGCCGGCGAAGAAAAAGUCAAAGAAAAGCAAGAACAACAAAACCAGCAACAAUGGGGAGACACUCACUGCUGAUGGUGUCAAUGGUGUGAUUGAACAUACUGGGGCGGAGAAUUUGGAGACUGCAACCUUGCACAAACCAGUCUCUACUUCGAUGCAGGCCGAGGCGGAGCGCACCGUCGACCAUGAGCUUGAAGAAGGGUUUGGCGGCUUUGCAAGCGAGGAUGAGCAGGAGGAUGCUGGCGAGGUCGAAGCCGAUGACAAUGCGGCUGCUCUAUUAGCUGGGUUUGACAGUGACACAGAGGACAAACAAGAUGAAGGAUUUGACUUUGGGACAACUCCUCCUUUGCCCAAAUACAAGAAGACUCAGAAGAAGUUGGUGAAAGCAAAAGCAAAAGGGAACGACGAUGGUCCUGGCACAGUCUAUGUCGGCCGCAUUCCUCACGGCUUUUACGAGAAAGAGAUGAGAGCCUACUUUUCUCAAUUUGGCGACAUCACCCGCCUGCGCUUGUCACGAAACAAACGCACUGGGGCGUCGAAACACUUUGCCUUUAUCGAAUUCGCUUCAAACGAGGUUGCGAAGAUUGUGGCAGAGACAAUGGACAACUACCUGAUGUUUGGCCACAUCCUCAAAUGCAAAUAUGCUGAACCAGGCUCCCUACACCCUGACGUCUGGAAGGGGGCAGAUAAAAAGUACCGGAAGAUUCCUCACGAGAAACUGGAACGGGAGCGUCUGGCUGCACCCAAGACUGAAGAGCAGUGGCAGAAAAAGAUUGACAAAGAGCAGCGCAAACGGGACAAGAAGGCAAAGAAGAUGAAAGCCAUUGGACUAGACAUGCCAUCGUCCACUCUGACGGCGCCUUCAGCGGCGUUGAGCCAAAAGCUAGCCGGCCAGGCAGAGUCGAAACAAAUUAAGAACGGGGAAAAUGGUCCUAGCCCCGCUCUUGAAGCCCCAAGUGAAUUGGCCAAAGACACACCUGCUGUGGAAGAAGGCAAAAAAUCCAAGAAGGACAAGACGGAGAAGAAAGAAAAAAAGGAAAAGAAGGAAAAGAAAAGCAAGGCUGGCAAAGAGACUGAUGCCGAUAUUGCCUUGACUUCCACGUCAGCCGAUUUGCCAGCGGAGGGGGAAGCCCAAGGCACUUCGACCGACGUGACAGACAAUCAUGCAGAGACCGUUUCAAAGGAAAUGUCCAAGGCCGAGAGAAAAGCAUUGAAGAAGGCAAAGAAAGCCGCGAAAGAGCCUCCCGCUGCCGCUGAGCCUGCCGAGGUUCAAGAAGAGGCUGAAGAGUCUGCUCAUAUUCCUGCCGAAGACGGGGUGGCAGCCACCAAAGAAGAGCUCUCAGCUGACUUCAUCUCAUUUGGACAAUUCGACGAAGGCGAGGCCAAACCGGGAGCCAGUUCGAGCCCAGCCGGCGGCAACAAAUUGAAACCUUGGAAGGUCAAGAAGCCCAAGAAAGAACGCAAGAAUCUUGUCAAAGCUCGAGGGCCGAAGUCAAACCUGGUCUCCACCAAGCCGAAGCCAGACCCCAAUGCUACGGGCAAGAUUCCCGGUCUUCCACUUCUAGGGAAGGCCAAGUACGACAAGGCGGCGCGCCAAGCGCAUAAGGAGCUGAAGAAGAAACUUCUUGCGGAGCGCGCGGCCAAGGGCGGAAGAGGUCGCGGUAGAGCCGGUACUCAAGGUUAG